GCCCGCUAGUGUCGUAGGAAACUGGUGUCCUGUUUGUUAGCCGACUGGUGAAUUGCAGAAAUGAAAGAAAGAACACCAGCUGCAUAAACAUCCUUACUGUGAGCAACAGACCUGUCUGUUUAGUUCAGUGUAUUACAAACCAUUAGAGGAAGGUGCAAUGCGUCGAUUUAAAAGCUGGAAGAAGGAGCCCAUUAAAACUAGGCCCAUACUGGCUCAGAUAUAAGUUAGAAGUCUUAAACGGGUUAAAAGCUAAUAGCUUGUUGAAGGUCGAAAGGCUGAAUGUACCUGAAAGCUAGAUGUCUAAGCGACAACUGCUACCGUCACAGCCCCAGCUCUCGUUUUUGCUUAAACAAGUGAGCGAAGAUCUUCAAGAAAGCGACAAUGAAUCUCUUUGUGUUUCAACUUACGACGAGAAUCAAGAGUUUGAUGAUGGUUGUAGUGGACUGCCCUUAAAUGUCUACAAAAAGUGGAGAAAAGCAGCUUUGGUUGUUUGCGGUUUGUCAAUUGGAUUUGAGUUCUUCCUUGGAUUUGCAUCACUUGUGCUGUCCAUUAUUUACCAAAGCCCAGGAACAUUUGGGAUGGCUAUGGAUUCAUUUGUUGACAUAGCAACUACAUUGGUUGUGGUGUGGAGAUUCUGUGGCUACCAAGGUGAACACUAUUCUUACGCAAGAGAACAAAGGGCCGUCUUCAGCAUUUCCAUCCUCUUCAUUUUGUCAAGCUUUGGUGUUUUUGCGAAAGCUAUAUUUGAUCUUGCCAGAUCAAACAAACCCUACCAUCCCUACAUUUUGUGCAUAAUUGCUGCAAUCGCGAUGGUAGUGUACACUGCAUUGGCCUGGGCAAAAUACUCCAUUUCCCAGAAGCUUAAAAGCAAGGUUUUAUUUUCAGAUGCUGUGAACACGUUUUGCGUUGACCUGAUGGCAGCAAUGCUCCUGCUCAGUCUCCUCAUCUACAAAUAUACUUCCACUUGGUUCAUCGGAUCAAUUGUUGCAAUACUCAUAUCCAUAUUUUUAUUUGGGUACGGUCUCAGAAACAUUGUUUUACAAUACCAGGCGAAGAAGAAAAAAGAAAAGUCGCCGCUCGACGAAAGCACGCACUCGGAGUAAAGCAAAAUAGUGUUCUUGAAGUUUAAAAAUAGCUUUCCAAGAUUUCCAACUGUCUCUAUAAUGGGAGGCUAUUUACGUCUGCCCGUUCACAAUUCAUUUCUUGGUGUAGCCAAUGAAGUUCAUGAAUAAUAUGUGUAGCCAAUGAAGUCUCAACCAAUUCAUGAAUAGGACGAGUUUCGAUUGAAGUUCAAUACCGCGCACAACACCUGUAAGAGCGCAUAAUGAUUUCAUAUUUUCAGUUGAUUUUGAUCUUCAGCUGAAAAAGACAAACCCCUCCUUACCUUGAAGGACUUUAGUAAGAAGGACGUUCUGUCAUCCAUACAAAUUUUUGGCUUUUAAGCUUAGAUUUAGAUUUAGCAAACGACUAGAUUAAGAUAGAUAGAUCAAACUUAAUUUAAAGGGGAAAACCAGGUUAGUCUAACAACUAAUCUUCCACUGGGUCCUCGGCUUUUUACUAUACAUUUGCACUCGAAAACUCUCGUCGCGUAUAGCUAGAUAUUUCACUAUACAACUUGCUCGACUUUCUAACUUUUAACCUUGGUAGAAGGCAACUUUUUGUUUUCUCUUCUGCGGGACGAUUUCUUUUUCUGCUGCACGUGGUUAUGAUCUAAGCAUUUUUUCAGAGGGUUAGGCGGUCUAGAGUCAGACAACAGCCCUCGACCUGGGUGCUUAAAUUUUGCUUAUUUUUUGUUAAAGUGUUCAAUUACUGCAUCUUCACUUU